CGGGAGGGCGGUUGCCGUGGAAACCGCGGCCAUGGCGGCACCGGGUCUGGAGAGUAGUCGCACCGCCCAGGGCGAGGAGCCUAGCGGCUCCACAGAGUCGUCGGACGCUGUCCGGACGCCAGUGCCCAUCGCGUCCACCGUGUCUCCCGAGCUACCCGUCUCGCCAGGACAGGGCGUGGAGCCUCCGGGCAAGAGCCUGUGGGAGCAGAUCUGCGAGGAGUAUGACGCUGAGCUGCCUCCCUUUCCAGAAGGAUAUAAAGUCAAACAAGAAGCUAUGAUUACUGUUUCACCGUUAGAGGAAACGGUUCUCCAUGGCUUCAAUACAGAGCACUUUUAUUCAGUUCCUCAUUUGACCACGGACUCACAUGUACCCUGUCCUCAAGUUAAAUUGGAAACAGUCGAUCCCAAAACAUGUUCCCCCAAGGAAUAUUUGGAAACAUUCAUCUUUCCAGUUCUGCUUCCUGGAAUGGCUAGCCUGCUUCACCAAGCAAAGAAAGAAAAAUGUUUUGAGAGAAAAAGAACCAAAUUCAUUGCCUGUGAUUUUCUGACCGAGUGGUUAUACAAUCAAAAUCCAAAGAGGAUAGGGGAAGAUUUCACAGAAUUUUUCUCCAUUCCGUUUGUGGAGCAGUGGCUGAAGCAUCACCCCCGGCCGCCGAUCCCACUUUCCCUCCUGCUGACAGAAGAAGAGGCAGCACUGUGCAUUCAAUCCUUCUGGAGAGCCUAUCUGCUGUUUGGAUAUUGUGAAUGAAGCUGGUCUUCUGAACACUUUCCUUUCUUAAGUGUGAUUGGUGAUAAGCUGCAUUACCACAUCGGUGGUGCUCUUCUGCUGCUGAAAUGCUGGAUGUUACAGGUGACCAUGAAUAGAGAAAACUCUGCUCUCCUGUGAAGUUCAAAUGAGGUUCCCAUGGGCCAUAAGGAUUGAAAUUUCUUGAUUUAGGAGGCAGAGACCAGAUAAAUCCACUGAAUAUUGAUUCUGUCUAAAUAAGCUUCGGGUGUUUUAUGCCUUCUGCCCAUUUGUUUUAUUUUAUUCUAACUCAGCCUAGACUCCAGCAUGGCAUACAGUCUUCCCUCCUCCCAGGAUCAAUGCCCCCUCCAGGCACUGUGACAGGUGACAAUCACAAAGCCCAUCAAUCAUGACUGUUUUCAUUCAGCAGCCCCUUUGUGGCUUUGCAAAAAAAAAAAAAGAAAGAAAGAAAGAAAGUAAAAUACUGGCAAUCUCGAUUUCCACCUGCAGAGAACAAUGAGAAUCUGCAUUUAUACCUUUGUCUAUUGUGCACUGAGCUGGGGUGGUUGACGUGGCCCUGAGGAGAAACAGCUUGCUAUAAACAAAGAGUACAGGUUUAGAGUUGGACAGCCCCCCUCCCCCUGGUUGUAGAGGUGGGUCUGUGCUGGCUUAGACACUUGAAUAUUGCAUCCCUCUGGCUACCGGGUUUAGUUCAUGACGGGCAAGGGACCUAAAUCAGGCCAGUCACACCCAGUGAAACCAUCCUGGGAGUCUCACCGGAGUUGUUGAGACAGAGCAGCUUGCUCGGCAUGGGGGUUGCCGGGAGGCCAGGCUAUCCGCACACAUCUUGCCACUGAGUAAAAAACCUGACGGAAAAGUGACUGCAGAGGCAAGAGGGCUGGGGGCUAGGGGGCGCUGAGCCUUGAAGGCCAUGGAGCACCUGGAUUCAGCAGUGCCAGUAAGUCUCUUCCAGAUGGGUUUCUGUCACAAUCUAGAGUCCUGACAAUGGUCAUUUUCAAGACAAAAAGUUCUAGACUCUUGAUUACUUGCACAUGAAGAAGGAUAUUGGCACAAAAUAAAAAUCUGGGUCAACUCGUGUAGAGAAACCAUUCCACAUUGUCCCAAGGAAAGACUGUGGCCUAUAUGGACUUGCCUAUAGCUGGAAAGGGGAAGCCUACCCCAAGGAGCAAAUUUUUCUAAAACAUACCUAUUAUUUUUAUUGUUUAAGUAAUACAUUUCCAUUGUGUAAAAAAGGAUAAUACAUAGAAGUUUUUUUUUAAUUUAAUGUAUUUAUCCUUCUAGAAUUUUUCCUGUUUACAUAGCAAAAUUGUAAUGAUAAACACUGUUUUGUGCCUGCUUUUUCCCCUUAGUGAUAUAUUGAGAAUCUCCUUCUUUGUCAGUACAUCAAGAUCUGUCUUACAAAUUGUAACGGCUCUAUGAUGCAUAAUUUAUUUAACCAGAGUUGGACAUUCUAAUUUUCACUCCUAUAGAAAAUACAUUAUGAAAAGUAUCCUUGUUCAUAUGUCCUUGCACACUUAUCUGAUUUUCUUUUAUAAGGUUAAUUGCUAGAAGUGGAAUUGAUGGCUCGAAAAGUAAGCACCUUUUUUCCAAGUUUUGCCAAUAAUUGCUAUAUUACCCCCUAGAGAGGCUGGAGACUAGCUUCUAGACUUAUUUACAUGCACCAGAAAUAUAGACAAAUGUACCCUGGUGUAGGUCUUGAUGGGAGAGUGAAGAGAGGAAGAAGUAAGAGAUUGGGACCAUGAAGUAUGUCUAGGGAUGUUGGAGUUGCAUGAACACUGUGCAGGAUGGUAUAAAUGGGUAAAACAGUGUGUCCAGUUGUGUGGGUUGUCCACUGCACAACUCUGUCUAGGGAGUACCAUUUGCUGUCAAUACAGCAGAACUCUGAGGCUAGAAGAAGCCUGGGAGGGGGCGACCUAGUGGCCACUUGUUUUAUCUUUCUUUUAAUCCCACUGGGCUUGGUAUCUCCUGGUCUAUUCUGAUAGCUAGAGGCCAGAUAAGUGAAGAUUGUCUCUGUGAUAUAAUCUAGAUGCACUACCAGAAUCAGAGUUUCCUUCCUGAAAGCGUGCAGCAAGUUUGAGAUUAAGUAAAAUGUAAAACAAUUAAUAUUCAAUAAUGUAGCAAUUAUAAAAUAAAGACAGGGCAUUUACUGAAUGGAAUAUUAUUAUGUCAAUACUAAAAAUAAUAAACAGAACAUAGUAACAAGACGAAGAUUGCCAUGGUACAUUAGGUGAAGAAAGAAUAAAAUGUCUUAUAUGUAGAUUAUUUAUAAUUAUGUUAAAAAUACGGAUAUGUAGAUAGUCCACUAGAAACAAAUAUAUAAAAAAUAUUGUAGUUGUUCAGAGGUAGGAUAAGGAGUGACGUUUUUGCCCUCCACUUUUUUCUAUUUUUCAAAUUAACUGCAAAGAAUAUAUUGAUUUUACAGAAGAAUAAAAAUAUCAUCUAAAUAGAGACUUGGAAACCUACAUCCAACCAUGAUACUUUUUGUAACCUUUUCCUCUUUAGUUCAAAUUUGGCAUCAUUAGACUAUUAUUCCUGAGCCUUUUUAAGGCUGUGUGUGUGUGUGUGUGUGUGGUUAGAAAAGAUCUAGGUAUUUAUGCUCAAAUAAUAUUGUAGGUUGCAAGGAAAUUUGAUUAUUUUGCCUAUAGCCCUCCUGUUACAGUGUUAAUUAACAAGAAAUAACACACCACAAGUCAUUUGGAGAGCGGUUUGAUUUCACGAACAAAGAAAGCCUUUCACAGCACAUGUGUUAGACUUCACUAGAGAAAACCCAUCGAAUCAGCCAACAAUUUAAAAGGCAGGGGAGAAAUAUUGCCAUUUCUCUCUUCAGAGCAUUCUGAAGAUUCUCAAUGAAAAGUGGUGUGUGUUCCAAAAGAAUUGAAAGUGGGGUCUCAAAUAUUUGUAUACCUGUGUUCAUAGCAUUGGCACUACUUAAAUCAUGGAAGCACCUCAAGUGUUCAUCGACACAUAAAUGGAUAAGGAAAAUGUGACAUAUACGUGCAAUGUAAUAUUACUCAGCCUUAAAAAGGAAAGAAAUCUGUCAUAUGCUACAACGUAGAUAAGGCUAAAUGAAAUAAGCCAGUCGCAAAAAGACAAAUACUGUAUGAGUCCACUUACAUGAGGACUUAGAAUAGUAAGAAUCAUAAAGACAGAAAGUAUAAGGGUUGUUGCCAGGGGCUAGAGAGAGGGUAAAUGGGGAGUCAGUGUUCAGUGAUUACAGCUUCAGCUUUACAAGAUGGGAAGAGUCCUGGGGAAGGAUGCUGGUGAUGUUUGCACAACCAUGUGAGUGGACUUAAUACCACUGUACCGCACGCUUAAAAAUGGUUAAGGUGGUAAAUUUUAUGUUAAGUGUAUUUUACCACAAUAAAAAAAAAAAA